GAGUCCUUCACUCGGCAGCAGCUGAGGUCAACCGGAGGACCGAGUGAAGCACCGGGACCACAGUGCGGGAAGGAAACCGCCACACCGCUGCAGCAGAAGAGGACGAGAGAGUUGCCAAGUCAUGGAUAGAUCGCAGCAAUGACACAUGAGAACCUCACAAGCUCCCAGCUGUCCGUCAAGGCGGCUGCCCUACGCAUGGUCGACCUGCCGCUGUCCGUGUGCAGCUCCCUGGCACAGGUGAGCGUCAGCACAGGCACCAAGAAGCUGGUGGCGGCCACGGCCUUUGGCGCCGUCUCGCUCCUCAUCCUUGCGCGCCGCUUCCAGAGGAGGAAGGGCAGAAAGAAGGCUCACUCUCCUCAGUGGGAGCAGGCUGGCUUUGAGUUUUUGACCUCAGCAGAAAACGAUAACACCAGUCAGAACAUCACGCUCUCCCUCAACUCCAAGAAUGGCUACUCGUCGGGUCUGCUUCUCAACGCAGGAGACUACAGGAAACUGUCGGGGUCUCUGCUCAGCCUGGCCUCGGUAAAAAGCAUGAACUCAUCCAGCAGCAGCACCUGCGCCAAUGAUUCCACCUGUUGGGACCGAGCGGGAGAAGCUGAUAUCUGCAGUGUGGUCAACUUACCUGUCACCACACCCGAAAACCUGUACCUCAUGGGUAUGGAUUUAUUCGAGGAGGCUCUGAGGCGUUGGGAGGAGGCGUUGACAUUCAGGAGCAGGCAGGGCGACGACGAUGCCAGCUGUGCAUCCGUCAAAACAGGAGCUGGAGACGCCAUCGCCGAGCAGAGCAUGGAGGACGUCAUCAGCGCAGAGUUCAUCCACAGGCUGAAGUCUCUGCUGCAGAGAGCGUACAGCCUUCAGGGGUUUGAGGGAGUGUUGUGCAUGUCGGAGCCGUCGUCCCACAGCAACAGCCAGGAUAAAAUGGCCGACAUUUUGGCCAGAGACGAGCUGGACGACGCCUGUCUGAGAGACAGCGUCAGCAUCGCCUCCACGGACUCAUUUGUGUCCGCCGCUGAGCUGUCAGAGCACAAAGAGCUGCGGAGCGUCUACGUUCUGGGUCAUCACCUUUUCUACGAGGAGGCGCUGCAGUUGGCCGAGGAGGGCAAGAUCUCCUGCAGGGUGCUGCGGACUGAGAUGCUGGAGUGUCGUGGGGACAUUGAUUUCCUGGCAAAGUUGCACUGUGUGCGGCAGGCGUGUCAGCUGAUUUUGUGCGAGAGAGCGACCCGGAUGUUUCUGGCUGACACGGGAAAGAAAAUACUGUCCUCCAUUAUUGUAAAAGCACAGAAGAGCCCAAAGAGAUUCGAAGAAGUGUUUGAGGAGAUGAUUUCCUUCCUGGAGCACACGGAGCACUGGGAGAACACAGAGGUGGAGCUGGCCACCCGAGGGGUGAAACACUUGAACUUCUAUGACAUCGUGCUGGACUUCAUCCUGAUGGACUCAUUCGAGGACCUGGAGAACCCACCGAUCUCCAUCCAGAACGUGAUCAACAACCGCUGGCUCAACAGCUCCUUCAAGGAGACGGCGGUGGCAUCAAGCUGUUGGUCAGUGAUGAAGCAGAAGAGACAACACAUGAAGGUGUCGGACGGCUUCAUCGCUCAUUUCUACGCCGUGUGUGAACAGAUCAGCCCCGUUCUGGCCUGGGGCUUCCUGGGGCCCAAGAGCUCCCUGCAUGACUUCUGCUGCUUCUUCAAGGAUCAGGUGUUGUACUUCCUAAAGGACAUUUUUGACUUGGACAAAGUGCGUUACUCCUCUGUGGAGAGUCUCGCAGAGGACAUGCUCCACCUGCUGCACCGGCGCUCUGAACUGUUGGUGGCUUACCUGGGAGCCGACUCGCUGCGGCACGUCAACGGCUGCAGCUCCCCGCAGGUGCAGCUGGUGCCCAGCGCCCUGCUGGAGGCUCGGGUGCAGUGAGAGGGACCCGACAGACCCGGGUCGUCCAAACACUACACAGACAGACAGAUAACAGCAUUUAAUCCAGGGUGAGUUCACGCCACCUGUCGGAAAAUGACUUUUCUGCCCACAAAACUUAACCGUAAAACACCAUUUCACCUGCGGUCUGACACCCACUCCCCACAUCUCCCAUAAUGCAUUGUGCUCUCAUUGUAUGAGGUACCAGCUGUCUUGCCUUCACACUUGAUCAUUACCUCCAGUGUGGCCUCCUCCUCCUCCUCCUCUUCCUCCUCCUCCUCCUCCUCACUGUGCCAUGGCAGAGCACGUUAAAAUACCAUAGCAAUAACUGUAAUGUAAACUUGCUGUGAGACAUUACGCAUUAAUUAUCUUGCAGUAGAUUUGUGUCAGCUGAGCCAUAUUUAUUAAGAGCAAUUAGUGUGAAGAAAAAGAAGGGUAUUUAUUUUACUAUAGAGCUAAAAUGAUGCAGGAUUUAUUUUUUAGAAGCUGUAGUUGUGCCUGUAUGCAUCAAUGGAUUUGUGUGAGCUUCAAACAUUCAGUAGUAUGAACACCAAUGUCGUAGACGAGCCGUAUCGGAUUUAUUAGAUGUAUUUCCACAUCCUUCAACAAUGCAAAACCAUAAAUGUACUAUUUUGUUACCAGCACAUGUUGCACAGGGAAAUCAUUGAACAAAGGGACUCUGAUAUGUAAAAUGAGUUGUUGUUAUUACAUUUAUAUGCUAAAAAGCUGUUUUAUGGCACCAGAACUCACAUGAAAUAUAUUAAACGGAGCCGAGAUCAUGCAACGUACGAGGCGCUUAAUCCCAUCAUACUGCCAGCUACAGGAAAUACGAGAUUAUACACUAUUAUAUAAUCGUACAGCUGUUCAACACGGGCGAACACGCAAGAAGCCUUACUGUCGAUGCACAUAUUCAAGCCUUGUCUUCAUCACUGAAUGUCGGUGUUAAAAUACAAUAUGCUGAUCAGUCACUGCCGUGUACAGAACAUGCACAACACGAAAGCUUUGAGCAGCAGUUACUGCAGGAAUAAACGUGUUAAAGGGUUUAUGUUCCAGAAAUGCUAUUUUAGUGUUAUUAUAUUCAGGAUUUACCCUUUAACCCUUUGAACCCAGAACAAGUUGGUGCGAUUUCUUUCAAAAAUGUGGAAAAAGGCAACCAGCAGUAAUUACUGUUUCACAAAUUUCAAGAAAUUAACAGAUCUUUAAAAAAAUAUAUUUUAA